ACUUUUAUAGUUGUGUAGUGUGCUGGUGUGUAUUAUAGUGUGUCAGUACUCUACUAUUUUACGAUAUUUAAUUUAUUAUUUAGUAAUAUAAUAUAUAGCCUUUAUGAUUAAUAUUUUAAACAAAUCAAUUAUAUAUUGUGUUUAAAAGUCUUGGUUUCGUUUUACCAUUAAACAACAGAUAAUAUGGUCUUAAGCUGUACAGUUCAAAACUGUGAGAACAAAUUAAUAAAAGGAAAUGGAAUUAUAUUUCAUCGACUUCCUUUGCAUGAUCCAGAAUUACUUGAUAAAUGGUUAAAAGCAUUAAAAAUCGAUAAUUGGACCCCUACUAAGCAUUUCAAUGUUUGCAGUGAACAUUUUACCGAAAAUGAUUACAAAAAGUCAAUAUCUGGAGUUAAAUUAACAGAGUUGUUAUGCAGUGCAGUUCCUUCAAUUUUUGCAGAUAGUUCAAAUUCAAAUCAUAAGACAAGUUCUUUUACAAAUAAGAGAAAAUCAAAAGUCUUAGGUAAUUUAAACAUCAAACAAUCAAGAAAAAAAGUCAUUAAAACAUUACCUCAAACAACUCAUACAAUCAGCACGGAAAGUAAUGAUCCAGUUUGCUUUGUUCCGAACUGUAGAACACCAAAAGGACUACCACUUUAUAAUUUUCCAUUUGGCGAUAAACGUUUAUUGCAUAUAUGGUCAAAAAGAACCGGAUUAAGUACAAUGUAUGACACGGACUUAUAUUUAAAUAUAACAAUAUGUAAAAGCCAUUUUCAUGAAAAAUGUUUUCAUGAAAAUUCUAUACAAUUAAAACCCUAUGCAAUUCCAUCUAUCAAUUUAAUUGAUUACUCAGGAUCACCGGAUAAUUGUUGUCUGAUCAAUUCUUUAUACUCCGAUGAAAAUUCUGUGAUGACUUCUACUGGAGAUCGUACAUGGGGAUGGUUGGGCAGUACUGAAGCUUUUGGAAGACUUCCUGAACCCAAUGAGUUUAUAGUCAUCCCAAAAUCACAAAUAUCCAGUGAAAAGUAUGCAUGUUCAACUCAGGCUGCUCAUUGUUUAAUAUAUGCAGAAAACAAUGAAAAAGUAUUUAAUAUUUAUAAUCCUCGCGCUUCAAUUCUUAUGCAAUUACGUUAUGAUGGAUAUUUUGGAUUUCCUGGUGGACUAAUCGAUGCUGGUGAAGAUUAUGUUACCGCUGUUAAUAGAGAAAUGGCAGAAGAAAUGAAUUUGGAUACUACUAUACAUUCAGUCAGUCAUGAUGAUCAUGUAAUAUCUCAUUGGAGCGAGAAAAAAAAUCUAGCUUUACACUUUUAUAAAUUAAAAGUUAAUAUGACUGAAUUGGUUGAAAUUGAAAAACGAGCUUUGCUUGCAAGAGAUUAUGGGAAUGAAGUGCUUGGUACAAUUAGGAUUCCUCUAUAUACAUUGGGUGAUCAUUACCGUGGAUUUCCAGUAUUUUUAAAGCAGAACUUUAUUGGAUGUUCACGGGAACAGCUUCUAGCUGCACUUUCAUCAUUGAAUAUUUUGACUCCUGAAGAAAUCCAACUUGCUUUAAAUGUAUAGUAAAAAUAUGUGAUUAUUGAUGAUGUAAAAUAUAUAAUAUAUAGCAUUUA